UUUUAUAUUCAUCAUUUGUCUUCUUAGUCUUAGCUUCUUGUGUCUUGUUGAAUUCUUAGUUCAAUACCAAUUCCAUUUUUCAUUCAACCAUUGAUGUGUUCUACAUUAUUACAUUAUAUAUCAUUCAUCACUUUAGACAAUGGAUACAAUGUUGGUUCCUCCAUGGCUCAAACCACUUCUUAACACAUCAUUUUUCAAUGUGUGUCGGAUUCACGGUGACGCCGCAAGAAGUGAAUGUAACAUGUUUUGUCUAGAUUGCAAUGUUGAUGCCUUUUGCUUCUAUUGUCGUUCUUCAAGACACAAGGAUCAUCAAGUCAUUCAGAUAAGACGAUCUUCGUAUCACGAUGUAGUGAGGGUGGGUGAAAUUCAGAAAAUGUUGGACAUUAGUGGAGUUCAAACAUAUGUGAUUAAUAGUGCUAGAGUUUUGUUUCUGAAUGAAAGGCCUCAACAAAAAAUUGGAAAAGCAGUUUCUUACAUUUGUGAGAUUUGUGGAAGAAGCCUUUUAGAUCAUGUUCGGUUCUGUUCUUUGGGAUGUAAGCUUGUAGGAAUAAAGAUAAAUGGGAAUGCAAGCUUUGUUAUAGAUGCUAAUAACAAGGAAGUAUCAACAAUGGAAGAAGGGAUGUCAAGACAACAAGAAGAAGAGUUGCGUGAAGGCUCACAACAAGGCAUGGAUCCAACCACCCCUCCUUCAAACUCAAGGAGAAGAAAAGGGAUUCCUCAUAGGGCCCCUUUUGGAUCCUAAUCAUUUUACUUUAAUUUCUUUUUGCACCAUCAAAAUUGGAUCGGCUCACUUGCAUCCGAGGAAUCCACACAUCCGUGCAGUCAGACAUGACUUGCUGUUUGAUUAAAAUCAGACAGUCUCAUUUCAAUUUAAAUAUUUUGAUUUGUCAUCGAUGUUAUAAAUGCGUGAGCGCGGUCCUUGAUUCCAGGGUGUAUCUACAUUCCUCAAAAUUGGUACAUAAAAUUCAAACCGGUCACAAAUUCUUAGUUUACUUAUGAAACAAGUAAUUAAACCCCCUUUGGGGGAAUCUUGUUAGUAUAAUCAAUUUAUUUUUGGUGGAGAGGGUUCCAGUUGUCUAUUGUACAUGUUGAGGGAAAGUUAAAAGAAAGAAAAGGGGUAUAUAGGAAAGUUCCUUCUUUUGGGGUAUGGGUCCGAAAACAACAAAUUGGGCCUUGUGAAGAACCAAUAAUGCAUCUUUGUUUAAUGUUUGAUAGUUGCAGUGCAGGUGUAUAAUACUGUAAUCUAUUACUAAUAUAGUAAAAUUGAUUAUCACCAAAGUUACUAAUUUAUCUUUAUUGUUUU